ACCCCAUGUGAACUAUGCCGACAGAUAAACUUUAUGUUUCAAAAUUCAAACUGUGGUAAUUCAAAUCAAUAGUGAUCGUCAACAACAAAGAAACAAACAAAAAUAAUAGCAACAAAAUAAAAGCAGAUAGCACUAUGUCCCAUUGCAAAUAAUUAAAGUGCUCCAUAACUAUAAUCCAUCACUUUCACUUUCAUUUUCUUUCUUUAUUUUCUCACUUAAUAUUAUUUUCCCUCAUUUUCUUUCUUCAUCUUCUUCAUCCUUCAUUAAAAUGUCACUUCCUUCAUUCUUCACAACAUUAACAAUCUUCCUCAUUACACUAACAUCAACAAAAAAAGUAACCUCUCAUUAUUCCUCUUCAUCUUCUCAACAACCACCUUAUCUCCAAUCCUCACCUUCCUUCACCGAAUGGCGAUCUGCACGCGCGACCUACUACGCUGCCGCGGAUCCACGCGACACAGUAGGCGGCGCGUGUGGCUACGGCGACCUAACGAAAGCCGGUUACGGCAUGGCGACGGUAGGACUUAGUGAAUCUUUGUUCGAAAGAGGUCAGAUCUGUGGCGCGUGCUUUGAAUUACGGUGUGUGGAGGAUAUGCGGUGGUGUUUACCUGGAACUUCGAUUAUUGUUACUGCGACUAAUUUCUGUGCGCCGAACUAUGGGUUUACGUCGGAGGGUGGUGGACAUUGUAAUCCUCCUAAUAAGCAUUUUGUUCUUCCUAUUGAUGCUUUUGAGAAGAUUGCUAUAUGGAAAGCUGGUAACAUGCCUCUUCAGUAUCGUAGGAUAAAGUGCAGAAGGGAAGGUGGAAUUCGAUUUACAGUCACUGGUUCUGGUAUCUUCGUUUCAGUGCUGAUCAGCAAUGUUGCUGGCCACGGAGACAUCAUUGCGGUGAAGGUUAAAGGCUCAAGAACAGGUUGGCUUCCAAUGGGUCGGAAUUGGGGUCAAAACUGGCAUAUAAGCGCAUUACUGCAGAAUCAACCUCUUUCAUUUGAGGUUACUAGUAGCGAUGGGAAAACAGUUACGUCUUACAACGUUGCUCCCAAGGAUUGGAGUUUUGGACAAACAUUUGAAGGCAAGCAAUUUGAUACUUAAAAAGCCUAAUGAAGAAAACUUGUCUCGAGGGAUCAGUCUCAAUCCCUUUCCCAUGCCCAAAAGUUUUUUUGCUCCAAUAUUAUAGGUCUACUUACCGGUGGUGUUCUUUUUACAUUUUAAUUCUUUUGGUUUUGUAGAAGAAGACUAUGUAGAUAGCAAAUGAUUUGUUGGCUUGUAAGAUUGUCAAUGUGAUGGUGUAACUUACCAUCUAUUAUCUUAUUAGGAGUUUAUUGUAUGAGAAAAAUAUAUAUAUACCUUGUUGGUCAACAACAAAGAGGAAUUACCAUGUAAAUGCUCGAGGCUUUUAUUAGGAUGUUUGAUCCUACCAA